ACAACAAAGGGCUAUACUCCUUGCAGUCAAUCUUGUGGCGUCGGAUCGCAGUCCCUUAUUGUGUUAUGCAGUUGCUCCGGUGUGGACGACAAGUACAGCGUCGAGUCGGGCGAUGCCGCUUGUGAAAUAACAAACGCGGGCUCGAAGCCAACUGGCCUCAGAUCGUGUAGAAUGAAACCGUGUCACACCAACACUUGGAUUGUUUCCAAGUGGGGCUCCUGCUCGGGCGUUUGCAGCAAGGGAAAGAGGCGGAGACAGGUGACAUGCUCGAAUGGAACGACACGUGUUCGUGACAGGUAUUGUCGUGCAAGAGGCCUGGCAAAGCCGCCUCGCUAUCAAGCUUGUUUGCGAUCUUGUGAACUCGUCACGUCGAGUUGGAGUGAUUGCACGACGAGCAGAGGGGAUGAAACAAAAUGUGGGGAACGCAGAAGGACCGUGGCAUGCAUACAAAAGAGACAAAACGGUGAGCGAAAGAUUGUUGCCGUAAAGCAUUGCUUAAAUCACGCAAACGAGACGCGAAACGGCUCCGUAGCUGUGACAGAGCAGUGUGCUUGUCAAUAUAACUAUACGUUUAGUGACUGGUCGCCGUGUUCGGUCGACUGCGGGCACGGAUUUCGCUAUCGUCUAGUCACGUGCACAGAGCAUUCAACUCGGACGGCUGUGGAACACGAGCAUUGCAUCAAUCUGUACGGAUCUAGCAAGCCAGCAAACAAACUGCCGUGUUUUCGCUAUUGUCAAAGUGAGAUACACUCGUCGACAUCUCCCCGGAUUUCUCCACCUCCCAGAUCGCAGCCACAGCCGCCACCCGAAAACAAGGAUUUGUUCUACUUUAUUGGAGAAGAAGUCUAUGCCGUGUCAAGUACCACCGUCGGUAUCAGCUGUAGAGUAGACCAUGCCGGAUCGGACGCUCUCAUCGUGUGGCAUCUGCCCAAUGGCACAACAGUUGCACUGGGAGAAAGAAACGGAAGAAUCUCGGUUACUCAGCUGUCUCAAAACAGAGCCAGUAUUAUGAUUGAUGAGGUUAACACGCACGACGAGGGCAGGUACACUUGUAUUGCGACUAACAAAAUCGGUCAGAUGCGCUCUUCUUCCAAUCUGUUUGUAUACGAGUCUCCUAAAGAGAACUGCGUUGACAAGAUAGCGGCUAAAGUUUGUGAGUGGGUUAGCAAGACACAUUGGUGCAAGGGACAGCUGAAGAACGGUUGCUGCCUAACUUGUGCUCUUCAGUGACUGCAGUUAAAAGAUAUUACGGGACUUGCAUGCUAUAUUGUCACCAGUAGAACAACUGCUCCUAUGACAGGCAGUAUCAAUUGCAUCGAUUUUACUGAUACAAAACCACCACUUACGGAUGUACUUCUUUGCAGUAAGAACGUAUGCUCUUCAGUGCACACGGCAACAACCCUCACAAAAUCAGAAACUUUUCGCUUCUCGAAUUGACUUUUGUCUGUUAUCAUUGGACCAUUCGGAAUGUGGGCAUAC